AUGAAGGACGGAUCAUUCAGUUAUUUACAUCUUUCCAAUCCCAAUAUAGCAACGUAUAUCGAAACAUGGCACAACGAGCCAAUGCCAUUUGACGAUGUUGAACCUCCUCAAAUAAACAACAAACUCCACAAUGGUAAUUUGAGGAAUGGACGAGAGUUGCCUCUACUGUUGGACAAUGACGACGAAGACUCACUCCAAGGUGGUCAUGCUUUCGGUGCAGCAGGUACUGUGGGUGUUGGUGGAGCUGGCGGAGCUGGAGCUGGAGUGGUUGGAGGAGGAGAAGGAGGAGGAGGUAGAGGAUUGACUGGAGUUGGCGGCUCUAGUGGUGCUCGCGGCUCAUCACGCAGUCAGUGGAUGGAUUUACAAUUGCAUGAAGUGUUUAGAGAUGAUAUCAAGCGAUUCCGGGAUUUGACUAUAUUGCCUAAUAUCGAGCAAAAGGAUUUAUGA